UGUUGCUAGCAGACGAUCCAUCUCGUCACAUCCGCGUGUAGACUGUCCUGCUGAUAAUCGGAUGUGAACUACCUAAAAUUUACAGAGCAGUAACCGCAUGAAGCAGGAAUUUUACAGAAGAUAACAACUAUUGUUCAACAGAACAACCAGACGAAAAUGGCAGCUACAGGUUUUCAAGAUCUUGGUCCAAGCUUCUAUUUUAUAGCAAAAUGUGAUAGUAUGGAUGCUUUGCGCAGAUGCAUUACCUCAGGUGUGUGGGCAAGCAGAGAGCGAUCCAAACCACCUCAGCCUCAUCAUAUUUUAGCUGAAGUCUUUUCUGAAGGCCCAGUGAUUCUUAUUUUCAGUGUGAACAAUUGCCAUGGAUGGCAUGGGUAUGCCAGUAUGCUGAGCCCUCCAAACAGAGAAAUGAAAGUAAGUGAAGAGGAUGGAAGUGGUCAGUGCUAUCAUGAGUCAGUUGUUGAAGGGAAGAAAAAUGAAGACAGCUUCUCCACUAACAGUGCAACUGAGUAUUUAAACCUCUUAGGAACUGGUGUUGAAGAUGCAAGUGAUGAUGGUAAACAAAUUAGUCUUUGGCAUCACUUUAAAAUUCACUGGCAUAAACAGUUUCUUACUGAUUUUGGAGAAAGAAGCCUGUCUUUUGAGAAUACAAAGCACUUUGCUCUUCCUGACAGUACACCUGUUAACAAAGCUCGUAACUGGCAACAGAUAACUCCAGUUGUUGGACGUCAGAUAUGCCAGUUGUUAGAUGAUCAUUAUGCUAGUCUGGUAGAAAGAAGACAAAAAGCAGUGGAAAACAAGCAGGCUUCUAACCCUGCACCAUUUCUUAACAUGGAUGGUUGUGCUGGGAGAGAACAUGGUGAGCACUGGAAGAUGAUCGUCCAAAAAGUGGAGCAUGAGCUUGGUCGAGUGCAUCUGGCCUGCCCAUAUGGCAGUCAGAGAUACAACCUCCAAAAUGAGAACAGCGAUAUCGAUGCCUUUGUGGUUUAUCAGGCUCACACUAGAGACCUCUUGUCCUUCAAUCCUCCUAAGGGAACUGUGAAGAACAGUGAGAGAGAGACAUGUGAUUAUACAAUAUUAGAACUGCACCGAUAUUGUGAGCUACUUUUGUCAUCGGAUGCUCGAUGUGUUGAAACUUUGUUCCUCAUGAUUCAACCUAUUAUUCAGGCAUCACCAGAAUGGAGACAGCUACAACAGCAUCGACAGCAGUUUUUGAACAGAAAAUGCCUGGAAAAAUAUUUGGGAGAUGCCUUGGGCUCAAACGGUGUAAAACGGCUGCAGCAUUAUGUGAGAGAGAAUCCUGGUAUAACUAGUUCCAGCACCCUACCGCGUCACAUCUCUAAACUGGCAUACAUCAUUGUCAGGCUGCUACAGAAUGCCGAGGACAUUGUCAUGGGCAGGCAACUUGAAGUUUUCCGAAACAAUAGCUCCAACAACAAGAUGCUGCUUCUCAGAAUUCGCACUUCCAACCUAACCUUGAGUGAAAUCAACACACAUAUAGAAAAGCUUGUGAGCACUGUCCAGGAAGGAAAGGAGAAUGUACCUGAAGAUUUGCCAUCAGUCAAAGCUAACCUGGAGAAGUGGAUGCUGUUCAUGCGAUUUCUAGACUUUCAGCAAUUUCCUCCACAAAGCUGAUGACUAAAUACAGUAUAUGGCUGAAGAAACAUCGCAGCAACAUUGUCAUCAUGUUUUAAAUCAUGUACUGGGAAAAAACCCAUAGACUAGCAGUUGAUGGGUCAUGGGAAUUAGAAGUAUAAGCACGCCACAAAUAACCAGCUGUGAACUAAAGUGGUAAGGGAUACAUAGUGGAAAGUUGUGGGAAACUAGCACUAAAUAAUAAUAGGAUUUGUAUAGCUUAGUGCAUGUUACGAAAGACAGAGAGCAGGUCAUGUCACAGAGA